AUGUCUAAGGACUUGAAAUUCCCGGAAGACUUUAUGUGGGGCACUGCCACUGCCUCGUACCAAGUGGAGGGUGCUAGCAACGAAGGUGGACGCGGCGACAGCAUCUGGGACGCCUUCUCUCGGACACCCGGCAAGAUCGUGAAUGGAGACACAGGCGAGAAGGCGGUGGGUCAUUAUCAUCGCUACAAGGAGGACGUGCAACUUAUGAAGAAGAUGGGACUCAAAGCUUACCGUCUCUCCAUCGCUUGGCCGCGGAUCAUCCCCGCAGGAGUCGGCGCAGUGAACGAGGAAGGCGUCGAGUUCUACAACAACCUCAUCAAUGAGCUACUGGCCAACGACAUCACGCCCCUGCGCUUCGGAGACCGUGUGACCAACUGGUUGACGUUGAAUGAGCCGUGGUGCUCCGCCUUUCUGGGCUAUGGCAAUGGUGUUCAUGCUCCAGGACGCAAGUGGAAGCCACACACGGAAGUGUAUUUUGCAGGACACAACCUGUUGCUGGCCCACGCGCGUGCUGUCGAAGCCUACCGCAACGAGUUCCAAGCUACACAGAAAGCGACGGAUGAUCCCGUGCAAAAGGCUAAGAACGAAGAAGCGGCGGAGCGCUCGUUGCUCUUCUUCCUGGGAUGGUUUGCGGACCCGGUCUACAAAGGAGACUACCCGCAAGUCAUGAAAGACCGAUGUGGACUACGUCUACCAACGUUCACUGAAGACGAGAAGAAGUUAUUGAAGGGCAGCUCGGACUUCUUCGAUGAGUAUGAGGCCAAGAUCGCGCCACCGGAUGAUGCUACUGGUGGCUAUGGACUCGAUGAAGGCACCAAACUGACGUCGGAUGACUCGUGGAAGCGCACGGACAUGGGCUGGAACGCUGUGGGCUGGAGCUUCCAGAAGCUGCUGGUCUGGAUUCAGAAGCGUUAUGCAGUGUCCAACGGCAUUUUAGUCACAGAGAAUGGCUGCGCGUGGCCGGAUCGCACCAAGGAGGAGGCUCAGAAUGACGAUUUCCGUGUGCAGUUCUACAAGGAAUAUCUCACUGGACUACACAACGCUAUUGCGGAAGGCGCAGAUGUCCGUGGAUACUUCGCUUGGUCUUUUAUUGACAACUACGAGUGGGCGGAGGGAUACACUAAGCGCUUUGGACUGCACUGGGUCAACUACGAGACCAUGGAACGCACUCCUAAAAAGUCGGCGCUCUGGUACGGCGACGUCAUUCGCAAUAACGGAUUCGCUGCUUAA